UGUGUGUGUUCAAGUAUUUAUAGGCAAUGGCUGAAGAAAUAGCUAUCGGUACUGCUGCGGAACUUGCAUCAACAGCUGCAGAGUCAACAUAUGGUUGGCUUAAACAGCAGUUAUCUUAUGUGUUCAAGUACCAGAGCUAUAUCAACGACCUCAAAGAACAAGUUGAUGAUCUCAGAAAUAAAAGAGAAACAGUGGAGGAACCUGUAGAGUCGGCUGAAAGGCAGGGGAAAGAGAUCUAUAAAGCUGUAAAGAAAUGGUUGAGUGAUGUAGAAGAGUUCACUGAAAAGGUAUCAAAAGCCAUCAUUGAGGAUGAGGGUAAAGCAAACAAGGGCGGCUGUUUCAAGUUGGGGUCAUGUCCUAAUUUGAUUCAACAUUAUAAGCGUGGAAAGGAAGCAGUGAAAGCCACAAUGUAUGGUGCCGGUUUGCUGGGGAAAGGCAAUUUUAGUAAAGAUUCCUACCGUCCUGCUCUACAGAGGACAGAAUCCAUGUAUGUUAGAGACUAUGAGACGUUUGAUUCUAGAAAGCAAGCUUUUCAGGAAAUUAUGGAGGCAUUGCAGGAUGUUAAUGUUAACAUGAUUGGGGUAUAUGGGAUGGGAGGUGUGGGCAAAACCACACUGGUCAAAAAAGUAGCUUGGGAAGCAAAGAAAAACAAGUUGUUUGAUAAGGUGGUGAUCGCUGAGGCAACACAAACCCCCGACUACAAAAAAAUCCAAGAAAAAGUUGCUUAUGAGUUAGGCCUGGAAUUUGGGCAGGAGGGUGAAUAUCAGAGAACUGAUCUACUACGUGACAAGAUAAAGAAACAGAAGAAUUUACUGAUAAUUUUAGAUAAUAUAUGGACAAAACUUGACUUGGAUGCAAUUGGAAUUCCUUUUGGUGGUGUUAGGAGAGAAAAAGAUGAGAAGAUUCGGCUGUGCACAAAAGUUGACUCGGAUGCAAUUGGAAUUCCUCUUGGUGAUGUUGAGAGAGAAAAAGAUGAGAAGAUCAGACCAUGCACAAUAUUGUUAACUUCUAGAAAUCGAGAUUUAUUAAGCAAAGAUAUGAAGACUCAAAGGGACAUAUUCAUUGGUCCUUUAUCUAAUGGAGACGCAUGGAAUAUGUUUCGCAAGAUUGUGGGUGAUGCUGCUGAAAGCUCUGAUUUUCGUCCUGCAGCAGAUGAGAUUGUUAAGAAAUGUAAUGGUUUACCGGUAGCAAUUUCACUAAUUGCAAAUGCAUUGGAAAAUGAGAGUCUUCAUGCCUGGGAAGAUGCCUUGGCUCAACUACAAAGGUCUAAUCCAACACAUAUUCUAGGUAUGGAUGAAACUUUGUAUUCUAUGACAAAGAUGAGUUAUGAAUUUCUGAAAAAUGAGGAAGCUAAAUCAUUAUUUCUUCUUUUUGCUCUCUACAAUGCUGGUGAUAGUGUGUUUAUUGAUGACCUAUUAAAAUAUAGCAUGGGUUGGAAUUUGUUUGAAGACGUUUAUACGUUGGAAGAAGGAAGGAAUAGAUUGCACAGGUUGAUAGAUCAUCUGAAAGCUUCUUCUUUAUUGUUGGAUGGUACCUAUGCCAAUACAGUUAAAAUGCAUGACAUUAUUCAUGCUGUUGCUGUAAGGAUUGCAUCAGCAGAGAAGUUGAUGUUUAAUAUUCAAAAUGUCACCGACUUGAAAGAAGUGUUGGGGGAGAGAAUAUCAAAAGAUUCAACUGCUAUAUCUUUGCCCUAUAGAAAUAUCAAUGAUGAUCUUCCUGAACGGUUAGAAUAUCCAAAACUGAAGUUGUUCUUCCUAUUUGGUAAAAAUCGCUCUCCACAAAUUGCAGAUGUUUUUUUCGAAAAGAUGAAAGAACUUAGAGUUUUAAGUCUCCACGGAUUGCGAUUCCUUCCAUUACCUUCAUCCAUUUCUUUCCUAAAAAACCUUCAAACAUUGUUUUUGAAAUCCUGCAUAUUAGAGGAUAUAAGAAUACUUGGAGAGCUAAGUAAAUUAGUAAUUCUUAGCUUGGUCGAGUCUAAUAUUGAAGAGUUGCCUACAGAAAUCGGACAAUUGACUCGGUUGAAGUUGUUAGAUUUGAGCAAUUGUUUAAACCUUAAAUACAUUGCCACAAAUGUCAUCUCCUCCUUGUCUCAAUUACAAGAAUUAUAUAUGGGCAAUAGCUUUGUUGAAUGGGAAGUUGAAGGAGUCGGUAAUCAAGGACGAAGAAAUGCCAGUCUUGAAGAGUUGAAGUGGUUGUCUAACCUAACAGCUUUACAUCUUCAUAUUCAGGAUGCUCGAGUUAUGCCACAAGAUUUGUUCUUCAAGAAACUGAAGAGUUUUAAAAUAUUUAUAGGAGAUAAAUGGAAGUGGUCUAUUAAAUUUGACCUUUCAACUUCAAGAAUGUUGAAACUCAAGAUCGAUGAUAGUAUUCAUUUGGGGCGUGGGGUCAAAAGUUUGUUGAAGAUGACCGAAGAUCUCUUUCUAGAAGGAACAAGUGGUGUUAGAAAUGUCAUUUAUGAACUCAGUGUGGAUGGUUUUCCACAUUUAAAACAUUUGCAUGUGCAAGAUGGUCUUGAGCUUUCAUAUAUCAUUAACUCAGUUGCUUGGAAACUGGUCUUUCCCAACUUGGAGUCCUUGAUUCUUGGUAAUUUGAUUAAACUGGAGAAUAUAUGUCAUGGUCAACUCAAUGCAGGGUCUUUCAGAAAAUUAAGGAUCAUAAAAAUAAAAAAAUGUGAUAAAUUGGAGUAUCUCUUUGCAUUGUUCAUAGCAGAAAACCUUGUGCAACUACAAGAAAUUGAAGCGAUUGAUUGUAAGAACCUAAAAGAGAUUUUUGGUAAAGGUGAUGAAAUUGAAACAAAUAAUCAGAUUGAGCUCAAUCAGUUGUGUUCUCUGACACUACAACGUCUGUCCAAAUUCAUAAGGAUCAGCUCUGAUAUAAGGGUUGUCUUUCCAAGAUUGGAGAACUUGAAAGUAUGUUCAAUUAAUUUUGAGAAAACAUGCAUUCAUCAACCUCUAGCAAUGUUUCGUUAUGGUCAAUGCCUAAAAAGCUUAACUGUGGAGAACUGUAAUGACUUGAAAUUUUUGUUUUCAUCCUUUAUGGUCAAAAGUCUAAAUCAACUCCAAGAGCUUUUGAUAAGCAAUUGUAAGUCGAUGGAAGUAAUAAUUGACUUAGAAGGAGUACAAAAAGAGGAAAAGAUAGUCGAUAUGAGUUUUCCUAAACUAUUGUACAUGAAGCUCAAAGUUCUUCCAAAACUCACAAGUUUUGGUGCAGGAAAUUUGAUUGAGUUCCCUUUCUUAAAAGAACUUCACAUUGAGCAUUGCCAUAAUUUGAAGACAUUCUUCUGCAAAUCUUUUUAUCCAGAAACAGAGGGAAAAGCUAAGGAAGAGGUGAACUCGGAGAACGAGUUUAUUAACGUAAACCCACUCUUCGAUGAAAAGGUCGCUUUUCCAAGCCUAGAGAAGAUGGUGCUCUUGCACUUGGAUAGCUUGCAGCUGAUAUGGCACAACCAAACACUCCAUCUUGAAUCCUUUUGCAAACUAAAAGUAGUUAGAGUCGAAUCAUGUGAAAAGUUGUUGGCUAUCGUUCCAUCUAAUACUCAAGGGCAUCUCACCUUUCACAAUCUGGAGAUAUUGGAUGUUUGCAAUUGUUGGAGUAUGAAAAGUCUCUUUCCAGUUUCUAUCGCUACUGGUCUCGUGCAACUUGAAGAGCUGUGGAUAAAAUCUUGUGGAUUGGAGAAAAUUGUUUCUGAGGAGGAAGUUAACGGGGCCCCAACAUUUUUGUUUCCUCAAUUAACAGGCAUCAACCUUCUUAAUUUACCGGAACUGAAAUGUUUCUACCCACGGUUGCAUGUAUUAGAGUGGCCGAUGCUAAGACAUUUGGGUGUGUAUGAAUGCAAGAAGAUAAAAGUAUAUGCUUCCGAAUUUCCUAGCUUAGAAGCUAGAGACGGGGAGAGGCAGCCUACCCUCUUUUUGUUAGAAAAGGUCAUACCAAAUUUGGAAGAGUUGGGAUUAGACGCACAUGACUUCAGAUUGACAUUCGUCCACUCUGAAAUAGUUGAGAGCUUUGGCAAGCUUAAAAUACUUUGGCUGGGUAAUUUUGAUGAUGAAUUUGUUGCUUCUUUGUUCAAUUUCCUUCAAAAAUUAAAUUGUUUGGAGUCACUUGGAUUUAUUGAUGGUAGUUUCAAAGAGCUAUUCCCCUAUGAACAAGGACAUAUAUGGAAACAGGAUUUUCUAGGGAACACAUUUCUUCCAAAUCUUCAAAGGCUACGAGUGCGUAGAUGUCAUUGUUUGACAAUGUUAAUGCCAUUUGCAAUGUCUUUCAAAAAUCUUGAAACUCUAGAGGUAUACAAUUGCAAUGGAUUAGCCAAGGUACUAACAAGUGAAGCAGCUAAAACUCUUGUCAAUCUCACAACAAUGAGAAUAAGAGAGUGCAAGCUAUUGAUAGAGGUAAUGGCAAACGAGGGAGACAAAGAAGAAGAGAUUGUUUUUGGCCAAUUGAAAGUUUUGGAGCUUCACUGUUUAUCAAGCCUUGCAUUCUUCUGCUCAGCCAAAUAUUCUUUCCAAUUCCCUUGUUUGAGACAAGUUAUUGUGAGUCAAUGCCCAAAAUUGAACAUUUUUUCGCAAGGAAUUUCAAGCACACCAUUGCUAAAGGAAGUACAAUUGACUAAGCCAGAUGAUGAUGUAAAAUAUUUCUGGAAGGAUGGUCUCAAUUCAACUAUUCAACAAAUAUUUACAGAUAUGAUUGGUUUCCGCAACAUGGAAUAUGUCAAGCUCUCUAAACUCCCCACAUUAAGGGAGAAAAUUUGGAACGAAGGAUUGCCAGUCGGCUUAUUCUGCAAUUUAAAGUGGUUAGUAUUGGAUGAGGAUUUUGAUAAGUCAACUGCUUUUCCGUUCCAUGUAUUCAAUGAUUUAAGAAAUUUGGAGACUUUGGAGGUGAGAAAUUACCAUUCAUUGGAAGAUUUAUUUGAUAUAAAAGGAAAGACAAUAAGGAACAGUGAGGAAGAAAUUUUGGGCUUCAACAACCUGAAAUCACUGAAAGUUCACAGUUGCAGCAGCUUGAGAUAUAUAUUUACUCCUGCUAUCAUCUUGGGCCUUGAUCAACUUCAAGAGAUUGAAGUGAAGAAUUGUGCUUUGAUUGGAGAAAUUAUUACAAAAGACGAAGGAAAGGAGGGAGCCAUUGAUAAAAUUUUCAUCCCUCAUCUGAAUUCCAUUGUUCUUGAGCUAUUGCCUGACUUGACAAACUUCUAUUCAGGAACUAACUAUUUGGAAUGCCCUUCCUUGAAAAGUAUUACUAUAGCCAAAUGUUCAAAGAUGGAGACGUUUGUUUUCUCCGAUUUGAAGACGGACCAUUUUGAUCAUAAUGUACCUCUUUUCAAUGAAAAGGUUGCUUUUCCAAGCUUGGAGAAGAUGGUGCUCUUGCACCUUGUUAACUUGCAGCUGAUAUGGCACAACCAAAAACUCCAUGUGGAAUCCUUCUGCAAACUAAAAGUAGUGAGAAUCGAAUUUUGUGAAAAGUUGUUGACUAUUGUUCCAUCUAGUACUCAAGAACGUCUCACCUUUCACAAUCUAGAGAGUUUGAAGGUUAAGAAUUGUUGGAGUUUGAAAAGUCUUUUUCCAGUUUCUAUUGCUAUUGGUCUUGUGCAACUUAAAGAGCUAUGGAUAUACUCUUCUGGGUUGGAGAAAAUUGUUUCUGAGGAGGAAGUUAACGGGGCCCCAACAUUUUUGUUUCCACAUUUAAGAAACAUCCACCUCGAAAAUUUGCGGGAACUCAAAUGUUUCUACCCUCAGUUGCACACAAUAGAGUGGCCAAUGCUAAGAAAUUUGGGUGUGUAUAAAUGCAAGAAGAUAAAAGUAUAUAUUGCCCAAUUUCCUAGCUUCCAAGCUAGAGAUGAAGGGAGGCAGCGUUCCCUUUUAUUGUUAGAAAAGGUCACACCAAAUUUGGAAGUGGUUGGUUUAGACGCUUAUGCCUUCAAAUUGGCAUUCCUCCUCACUGAUCUAGUUGAGAGUUUUGCCAGACUUAAGAUACUACGGCUGCGUAAUUUUGAUGAUGAAUCUAUUGCUUCUUUGUUCAAUUUCCUUCAAAAAUUAAAUUGUUUGGAAUCACUUGAUUUUAGUGAUAGUAGUUUCAAAGAGCUAUUCCCCUAUGAACAAGGACAUAUAUGGAAACAAGAUUUCCAACUUCAAGGGAACACGUUUCUUCAAAAGCUGCAAAUUGGUUUCCGGAACAUAAAAUAUUUCAAGCUCAGUGAAUUCCCCACAUUAAAGGAGAAAAUAUGGAACGGUGGAUUUCCAGUUGGCUUAUUCUGCAAUUUAAAGUGGCUAGUAUUGGAUGAGGUUUUUGAUAUAUCAAGUGCUUUUCCGUCCCAUGCAUUCUAUGAUUUAAGAAAUCUGGAAACUUUGGAGGUAAGAAAUCACCAUUCAUUGAAAGAUUUAUUUGAUAUAAAAGGAAAGACGUUGAAGAACAGCAAGGAAGCAAUUUUGGGCUUCAGCCACCUGAAAUCACUGAAAGUUCACAAUUGCAGCAGCUUGAGAUAUAUAUUUACCCCGUCGAUAAUCUUGGGCCUUGAUCAACUUCAAGAGAUUGAAGUGAAGAAUUGUGCUUUGAUUGAAGAAAUCAUCAUAAAGGACGAAGGAAAGAAGGGAGUUAAUGACAAAAUUUUCAUCCCUCAGCUGAAUUCCAUUGUUCUUGAGCUAUUGCCAGACUUGACAAACUUCUAUUCGGGAACAAACUAUUUGGAAUGCCCUUCCUUGAAAAGUAUUACUAUCGCCAACUGUCCAAAGAUAGAGACGUUUGUUUUCUCCGAUUUGAAGACGGACCAUUUUGAUUAUAAUACACCUCUUUUCAGUGAAAAGGUUGCUUUUCCAAGCUUGGAGAAGAUGGUGCUCUUGCACUUGGAUAACUUGCAGCUGAUAUGGCACAGCCAAAAUCUCAAUGUGGAAUCCUUUUGCAAACUAAAAGUAGUGAGAGUUGAAUUCUGUGAAAAUUUGUUGACUAUUGUUCCAUCUAAUACUCAAGGACUUCUCACCUUUCAAAAUCUAGAGAGUUUGAAGGUUAAAAAUUGUUGGAGUUUGAAAUGUCUCUUUCCAGUUUCUAUCGCUAUUGGUCUUGUGCAACUUAAAGAGCUAUGGAUAUACUCUUGUGGGUUGGAGAAAAUUGUUUCUGAGGAGGAAGUUAACGGGGCCCCAACAUUUUUGUUUCCACAAUUAACAGACAUCCACCUUGAAAAUUUAAGGGAACUCAAAUGUUUCUACCCACGGUUGCAUGCAAUAGAGUGGCCAAUGCUAAGAAGUUUGCGUGUGUAUAAAUGCAAGAAGAUAAAGGUAUAUGCUUCUGAAUUUCCUAGCUUCCAAGCUAGAGAUGGGGAGAGGCAGCCUACCCUUUUUUUGUUAGAAAAGGUCAUACCAAAUUUGGAAGUGUUGAGAUUAGAUGCACUGGGCUUCAGAUUGGUAUUCCUUCACUCUGAACUAGCUGAGAGCUUUGGCAAGCUUAAAACGCUUUGGCUAGCUUACUUUGAUGAUGAAUUUGUUGCUUCUUUGUUCAAUUUCCUUAAAAAAAUAAAUUGUUUGGAGUCACUUUGUUUUAGUGGUAGUAGUUUCAAAGAGCUAUUCCCCUAUGAACAACGACAUAUAUGGAAACAAGAUUUCCAAGGGAACAUAUUUCUUCAAAAUCUUCAAAAUCUACAAGUACGUAGAUGUCAUUGUUUGACAAUUUUAAUAUCAUCCGCAACAUCUUUGAAAAAUCUUACAACUCUGGAGGUAUCCAAUUGCAAUGGAAUAGCCAAGGUACUAACAAAUGAAGCAGCCAAAACUCUUGUCAAUCUCACAACAAUGAGAAUAAGAGAGUGCAAGCUAUUGACAGAGGUAAUAGCAGAUGAUGGAGACAAAGAAGAGGAGAUUGUGUUUGGUAAAUUGAAAAUUUUGGAACUUUACUGUUUAUCAAGCCUCACAUUCUUCUGUUCAGCCAAUUACUCGUUCAAAUUCCCUUGUUUGGAGCAAGUUAUAGUUGGCUUCUGUAACUUUGAACAUUUGAUACUCUCUGAAUUCCCUAUCAUGAAAGAAAAAUUACGGAAUGACCAAUUGCCAAUGAACAUAUUCUGGAAUUUAAAGUCGCUAGUGGUGGAUAAAUUUUCAGAUAUAUCAAGUGGUAUUCCAUUGAAUGUGUUAUGUCACUUCAACAAUUUGGAAUUGUUAGAGGUACAAAGUUGUGAGACACUAGAACAAGUGUUUGAUUUGGAGGUAAAUCGUCAAGAAAUUUUGGGCUUAAAGAAGUUCAGAUCAUUGAAAAUUGACAAUUGUAAUAGCUUGAAAUAUAUAUUGACUCCAUCUGUACUAUUGUGCCUUGUUCAACUCCAAGAGAUAGAAGUGAGAAAUUGUGCUUUGAUAGAAGAAAUCAUCAAAAGCGAAGGGGAGAAGGAUGUAGGAAGUGAUAAAAUUAUAAUCCCUCUAUUGAACUCCGUCAUCUUUGAGUCAUUGCCUAACUUGACAAGCUUCUAUUCGGGAAGUAAAAUUUUGGAAUUUCCUCCCCUAGAAACUAUUAUUGUUAAGGACUGUCAAAAGAUCUAUAAGAAGGAGCUUAGUAUUCAUCUUUCAUCCAUUUUCACUGCUAAGGUAAGUUCGUUUCGAUUCUUCUUAUACUGGUGGUAUUACCCAGCUUGGAAACAUCUUCUUGCUUCCAGAAUUUAA